GCAAAGUUUGCCUGGAGCCAGCAGGAAGUCCUGGCUCCACUGAUCUUCCCCUGGACACAGCAUGUGAGCGUCAAUAGGAGGAUUGCUGACAUUAGCUUAGCAAAAGACACGGGGACUAAAUGCAGAGAGUUGUAAUGGCAAAGCUGUGGCUGUUUGGGAUUCUGGUUGGCCCUGCUGCUGCCUUUUUGUUGACUGUUCCUGAAUCCCUGAUUUCCAUCUCAGAAGGUAAUUCAGUCUUGCUCUCUGCCUCACUGAAUUUUUCAACUUCAGUCCCAAACUACUUCCAGGUGCGAUGGCGUUUUGUCACUGGCGCUCGGCUGGUGCUGAUACUCAAGGCUGAUAACUGCAUAGCAGAGAAUGGUACCCAACAGUGGAAGGACUCUUGUGUAAUCAGCAUUGAUGAAACAGAGGUAUACAGCCAUCGUGCAAAAUUGUCUUCUGAGGAUGCUUCACUGGUACUCCGGAAUGUGACAGCUGAGGAUUCUGGGAUUUAUUGCAUCACGUUGCUGGCUUUGGACUUGAUGUUGUCAGCUAACAUCAACCUAACAGUGACCAAGGGAAGGAGUGCUUCAGCCUAUCAGGCAGAGAGUUCAACUGGCAGGCCAGUUCUGGCAUCUUCUGCCUCAAUGGGUAUCUCUUUCAUCAAGUCAGCAAAUGACAGAGACUAUACAGUGUCCAAUAUCAUCCAGCUGAGUUUAGCUGGCCUGAUCCUCUGCCUCCUUGGGCUGAUCAUAGCAGAGCAUAUUUCUGACACUUGCUGGAAUGACAGACAUGCAACAACCGGGGAUGGAAAUGAAGCCAAACUAUACCGAGCUGGGAUGAAAUCCACCUUUCCCCCUAUGCUGGGCAACAUCUCCCUGCUUCUUGAGAUGCCAAGCUCGGAUGAUGUGGAGAAGAAGACGUAUUAUAACAUUGGCCUCUGAUCCUCUCCCAAUGUUCUUUAAAAAAUGAUAUUCCAUUGACUUCUCAUCUGAAGCCCUUAGAUGGUUAGAGGUGGGCUUUUACACGAGCAGCAAAGGCAGCAAUCCUAUGCCCUCGUGAGCAAGCAUGACUGAACUCGGUGGGACUUACUUCUGAGUAGACAUAUAUGAGAUUGCACUGCAAAGUCCCUUGUUUGGAUUGUGAGCUCCUGCAAAGCAAUUGUAACGUAGCUAUAAUGUGUAACUGAAUAAUCUUUUGCAUUAACGUUUGCAAAGGACACAAAUAGGCUGAGAGACUCAAAUGUGCUUUUAAUGCUGCAGUCUAACCCAAUGAAACUUACCUGGGAGUAAACCAAAUUGAAUACAAUGUGUCUUAUUUCUGAGAAAAGAUGUAUAGGAUCACCCUGCAUGUGUGGGUAGUAGGAAAUCUUUUGUCUUACCCAAUGUGCGAUAGCUGGAAAUUCUUCAGGUAGAUAUCCCCAGCCUGGUGCCCUCCAGAUGUGUUUGGACUACAACUGGGGUGGAUGAAUCUGUCCAUUUUGGCUCUCCAAAUGUCUCAUUUUUCCAGUCUUAUAUUUAGUUCUCCACAUUUUUGCAGCAAUUAGCAAUUUAAAAAAAUAUCAUGAAAUUCUUCAGCAAGUUAGUGCAAAUUUCUCAAAAUAAAUACAUUUUUGUAUGCAGUUUUGACCAAUGUGCACAUUUUUGCAAGCAAUGGCCCUAAUAUAAUGCAGUUUUGUAUGUUAUUUCCACUAAUCAUUUUUUUGCACACUUAGAUACAAUUUUGUAAACAUUGUUUCAGUUGGAGAACUGCAUUGCAAAAUUCAGAUAAGUGCGAAUUUGGAAGAUUACGUAUGUUUUGGUGUGGAUAUUGUUUCGGGGAGUGCAUGAAUUUGAUAGAUUCAUCUUUAAAGUGAAUUAAAUUUAAUUUCUUCCCCAGCCCUAACACCAACUCCCAUCAUCCCUAUGUGUGUGCUGGUCUAUAUAGCCGCCAACUGCUUUUGAGGAAGCAGAGAGGAAGGAUGUGCUUUAAAUGUAAGGCGUAAAUCUGCCUUAGUUGCCAUUGGUGGUUAGACAAAAGGAGAUGAAAAGACAAAUCUAUGUAGUAUCAUCACAGCCACAAUUUUCACACAAUACUUCUGUACCGGCUUGAGAUGAUGCAAACCACUGAUGCAAUUUUUCAGCCACAGUUUAUUAUCCUGGUGAGAUCACUUCUUUAAUUUUGGUGCCUUGUGGUCUCCUUUUCUCUUCUUCUUCUUCUUCUUCCUCCUCCUCCUCCUCCCAAUAGGAGCCCAGGACGGCAAUUGUAUGCAUUUCUAUUGUUUCUGUAUUGGCCCAGGCAUGAAAUUAAUGAAUCAGUCUUUAUUGCACAGUAAGAAAAUAGCUUUACAGUAUGUAAAAAAAGUGCCCAAGGAAAUCCACCAGUGCAGGCAAGAGUAAUCUUUUUCAUGGGAAAUCUAUAAGACUAGAAUUAAAAUGAGAGAGUACAGCCAAAGUGCACCACCUGCAGGAGGGUGAAAAGGAAAAUAAAUGUAAACAUUGCAUUUAA